CAAUAGGAACUUUAAAAUAACGAACCUUUCAUCAUUAUCCAUUAUUUUUGUGUUUUGUGUUUUAUUGUGUUAUUAAAUCAAAAAUGUCUAGAAAUUACGUAAGUCACUUUCGAGGAGAUUUUACGCCAAAUAAUUUACGCAUUAAAGAUGAGCCAUUGUCACCGAAUGAGUAUUUUGGAGAGCAUAAUUUUGAUAUGCCGUUCGACAACGAAUUUUGUUCUUUAAAGAAAUCUAUGUCAAUGAGUGAUAUUACCAAGUUAAAACAAGAUUUAGAAAAUCUUAAUUUCGAGAAUGAUGAAUAUAUGCACCAACAAUAUCAACAACAGCUAAGUGGAGGCUCUUCAAAUAUUUCUGUUUCCAAGAAAACAAAGUUUGUUUCAAUGGCUGAAGCUAUAUAUCAUUAUCAAAGGGAUACUCCAACCAGAUUUCAUACAAGUAAACCUAAGCAAUUUCAAAAUGUUAUUCGUCAGUCAAAAUUGACUUUAGCUUUGUCUCCACACCUCCGCUGUAAGGAACGUUCUCGACCUCGGCAUAUCAUGUCUCAAAAAGAAAAAGAAGAUCUCGAAUUGGAAGAAAUUAGGAAAUUUAAAUUAAAAGCUAAUCCUGUUCCACAUUCAAUUCUUUCUGGACCUCAUUUACCUGAAGUGCCUAGAAAACCACCUACAGUUCCAGAGCCAUUUAAUUUAACUGAAAUCUAUAAAAAUAACAAUCCAACUCCUGAAGAAAUACACACUUUUAAAGCUCGUCCUGUACCAAAACAAAUAUUAGCAAAACCACAUAUUCCAGUAAAACUUCCCCCUAAGACCACUAAGCCUGCCACUCCAAAAUUUAUUUCUAAACGUGCAAAAUCAACAGAAUCACUGAAUCUUCAACAUAGGCGCAUCUUAUCUUCUAAAGUUCAAACUCAUCAUGAUAAAAUUGACAAAACAGCUCGGUUGGGGCCUCUAAAACCAGAGCCAUUCUCUUUUUUGAAACGUGAUGAAGAAAUAAAGAAACGAAAGGAAGAAUGGAUAAAAAAACAAAUAGAAGAAGAAAAAAGGUUGGCAUCUCAGUUCAAAGCUCAGCCGUUGCCUGUGGCUGUUAAGAAAAGGAUGCAAGUUGCUACUCAUGGUGCUACUAGUAGUUCAACUUCAUCUGAUAAUAAAGAAAACUUCAAAUUUGAAGCUAAACCACCUGUUGUCUUAUAUAAAGAGCCAUUUAAACCAGUUCUUCAAUCAAACCAUAGUGUAAAACUAGUACCUUUUGAACUAAACACAGAAAAAAGAGCAGCAGAAAGGGAGAAAUUUGAAAAGCAGCUCAAAGAAAAAGAAGAGGAAAUGGAACUUCAAAAGCAACAGUUAGAGAAAGAAAGAAAGGAGAUGGAAGAUAGGAAUAUUCAAAAAAUGAGAGCGAAGUUGGUACACCACCCAAUACCCAUUCCAACAUAUGAGCCAUUUAUUCCUAAAACUUCUGGACGGAUAACAAUCCCUGAUACGCCUAAAUUCAUCAGGAGAUUGAAGGAAAAACAAAGCUAGACUGGGAAAUUAAAAUGGGGAAUUAGUUUUUGUGAGCUUUGCUCUUUUCUUUUUCAUUUUAUUGUAGCAUUAUUAUAAUGCUGAUUAUGUAUCAGUAAUAAUUGAAAAUAUAUAACUAAAUAAUUAUGUACUUUUAGCUAUAGGUCUAUUUUGUAUGAACUUUUUGACAUUACAACAUAAUUAUGGAAAUAA